GCAGGGGAAGGGUGUGGGGGAUCUUCACCUUUAUCCGCUGCACCCCCGGGAAUCCCUGCAGGGUGUUUAAAGAGCAGGCUGUGGAGCUGAGGGAACACAGAUCCUGCCUUGUCCCCGGAAUGUGUCAAAUCCCCAUAACAUCAGUGCCUGGGGGAUGUCCUGAGGCUCUUUGACAGGUCGAGGGUGCCAAGGAGUGCAGGAGUUUGGGGUUUGGUCCAGUGCAAGGUGAGCUCAGCUCUGUUUGUGCUGGGCUCCCUGUGAACAUUGUUGUGAGGGUGGGUGGGAGAGCUGGGAAUGGUGAUUGGUGCCCGGCAAAGAGAAUGUUCAGGAAGGGAUUUUUUGCUGCCUUUCCUCUCACUGCUUGAGUCCUUUCCUCUCACUGCUGCAAUAAUGGGAUGCAUUGUGGGGUGCAGGGGGGCAGGAGGACAAAGUGGCUGUGCUGCAAUGUCACGGUGGGCAGUCACAAGGCUGAGGUGAGGAGGACAUGUCCAGGGCUGCCACUGGGCUGCAGGGAUGAGGGGUGAGAGCCAUGGAAUAGCCUGGCUGGCAGUGUCACCGGGGAAGAAAUUACCAGCUGGCGCUCUCCCUCCUGCCUGCGUCGCCUUGGCUCCUUCAAAUUACAUGUUAUCUUCCCAAGCAAGUCUGUCACUGGCUCAGUCUUUUGGGCCCGUGAGCAUUUCUGUGCAGGGUGAGGUCCUGGUUGUCCCUCGAGGAGGACCCCCAGAGGCUGAUGUCCCCCCAUCCCAGGUGCGCAACAGACCACAACUCGGACAACACGACGGCGAUGCUGCGGGAGUGGCUGGGGGCGGUGGGGAAGGACUAUCACUCGGUGGCCUGGAAGGUGCAAGAGGAGCCCAGCUCCUACCCUGAUGAGCUUGGUCCCAAGCACUGGAGUGACGAACGCUAUGAAAACGUGAUGAAGUUGAAGCAGGAAGCUCUCACCUAUGCCCGGGAGCAGCAGGCAGACUACAUCCUGUUUGUGGACACUGACUGCGUCCUGACCAACAACCAGACCCUCAAGUUUCUUAUGGCACAGAACAAGUCAGUGGUGGCCCCCAUGCUGGACUCGCAGACCUUCUACUCCAACUUCUGGUGUGGCAUCACACCCCAGGGAUACUAUCGCCGGACAGCUGACUACUUCCCCACCAAGAACCGGCAGCGGGUGGGCUGCUUCCGCGUCCCCAUGGUCUAUGCCACCUUCCUGAUCGACCUGCGGAAGGAGGAGACCUCGCAAUUGGCUUUCUACCCACCCCACCCCAACUACACCUGGGCCUUUGAUGACAUCAUCGUCUUUGCCUACUCCUGCCAGGAGGCUGGUGCGGAGGUCCAUGUGUGCAACCAGCACCGCUUUGGUUACAUCAAUGUUCCUCUGAAGGCCCACCAGACACUGGAGGAUGAUCGUGCCAACUUUGUGCAUCUCACGCUGGAGGCCAUGGUGGAUGGUCCCCCCAUGCAGCGCUCCAGGCACAUUUCUCUUCUGCCCAGGCCACUCACAAAAAUGGGCUUCGAUGAAGUCUUCCUAAUCAACCUGGUGCGGAGGCCAGACCGGCGGCAGCGAAUGCUGGCAUCCCUGCAGGAGCUGGAAAUCAUUCCACGGGUGGUGGAUGCUGUGGAUGGAAGCACGCUCAACAGCAGUGACAUCAAGGUGCUGGGUGUGGACCUGCUACCUGGGUACUACGAUCCCUUCUCUGGCCGCACGCUCACCAAGGGCGAGGUUGGCUGCUUCCUCAGCCACUACAAUAUCUGGAAGGAGAUCGUGUCCCGGAGGUUGGAGCGCUCAGUAGUCUUCGAGGAUGAUGUGCGCUUCGAGGCUGCCUUCCCAGCACGGCUGCAGCGGCUGAUGGAGGAGCUGGAGCAGGCACAGCAGGACUGGGACCUCAUCUACUUGGGGAGGAAACAGGUGAACGACGAGGAUGAGGCACCUGUGAAAGGCGUGCGGAACCUGGUGGUGGCUGGGUACUCGUACUGGACACUGGCCUAUGCCAUCUCCCACCAUGGGGCGCGGAAGCUGCUGGCCGCCAAACCCCUCUCCAAAAUGCUGCCCGUGGACGAGUAUCUGCCCAUCAUGUACGACAAGCACCCCAAUGAGGAUUACAAGCGGCACUUCUCCCCACGGGACUUGCUGGUGUUUUCGGCUCACCCCCUCCUGGUUUAUCCCACUCACUAUGCUGGGGACAGCAACUGGCUGAGCGACACCGAGACUUCCACCAUCUGGGAUGAUGAUGCCAAGAAGACUGACUGGGUUGGCUCGCAGAAGACUCUGAGGGACUCACGGGGCAGUGCUGGCCACCUCCGCACCACGGCCCGUGAUGAGCUCUGAUGGGAUGAGGGAUUGUGAUCCAGCUCGGAGCACCGUGGGCAAGGACUCUAUACUGCCCACUCCCACUCAAGAGAUGCAGCUGCCGUGGACACAGCCCCACAGGGUUCUUUGAAUCUGCAUACGACGAAUCCACCCAAGGCAGGAUUUGCCCCAGGAAAGCCUCUCCCUGCCAAGUGGAGAGAUCAGAGGAGCACUGUGCUCCGUCUCUGCUGAGGACACAUCUCCAGGACAGUCCCAAGCGAUGCCAACUCUGCCAUCUCCCACCAGCCUGGACUUUGGGGAGAGGACUCUGGGCUGGCACCCGUGGUGGCCUCCUGCCACUGACUGGGCUUGUCCCUUGUGCCAUGGCUGGGUGGAAGCCCAGGGAGGAUUAAAGCAGACUGAGUUGA